AUGGGUUCAUCCCAUAUUAGGCAAAUUGUUUCUCGACAGGAUGUAGUUCAUGCAUACCGUCACCUCUACCGACAGGGUCUCAAGGCUAUUCGAUAUUCCACGCCUAGCAGACAUGUCCUCCGUACCUCAUUGCGCGCUUCGUUUCGCGAUUCUCCACCCACGGAAUUUGACUCGCUGAGAAUUUCCAACACACUCCGCUUUCUUGAGCGAGCCUGCAAUGUGGCAGGUCUUGAACACAAGAUCUUAAAGAAUCUUCUCUUGUCCCGGUACUGGGAAUUGCCCAAUAUUGCAAAAGAGAGUCGAGUGUUGCGAAGCUUAGGACUUGGGAAAGAAGAGCAAAAGCUUCGAAAAGUUGCCUACAAUCAGCUGAGCUUGACACUCAAACGACUCAACGAGAGCUUGGGUACUUGUCUGAAAUGA